CUUUGAACAGUAGCGGAUCUUGGACUUUUUACAGAGAAAAGAAGGGAUAGGUGGAGAGCAGGCAGCGUUGCAAGCUCAUCAGCAUUAAGCUGAGUCUAUCGCCAAAUCCCGAUCGUGGCACUUAUCCAAUUAGAGUGACAGAUCUUUAAUUUUAACAUUUUAAAAUCAACGCUUUUAUUUUAGUCUAAUCAUUUGAUUAUCUACUCUAAUCUCUUUAUACAGUUUUCGUGUCUGUUAUCUUUUUUCUUCACACUGCUAUCUCUCUAGAAGUUGAAUUCUGAAUCAUUCUUCAGAUCUGAAAGAGAAAAGUUCCAAAUAUGGUGAGAACAGAGUACAUUCAGAUGAAAACUGAUGAUAAGAUCGCGGAGAUACUCGGUUCUGAUUUCCAAGAUCUCAAAUUAGCUGCUAGGAAAUAUGCUGAUCAUGCCAUCAAGCUUGGUGGCCUUGGAAUCGGAACUUCCUUUUUUCAAUGGCUAGCUUGCUUAUCUGCCAUCUAUCUCUUGAUCUUGCAGCGAACAGGCUGGAAGACAGAAAUGUUGACACAGCUAUUGAUACCAUACAUUUUCUUCAGUCUUCCUGACGUAGUUUUCAACUUCCUAAGAGGAGAUGUAGGAAAAUGGAUUGCUUUUGUUGCAGUCGUACUGAGACUCUUUUUCCCAAAGCAUUUCCCAGACUGGUUGGAAAUGCCUGCAGCGUUGAUUCUUCUGUUGGUGGUGACUCCUCAUCUGUUUGCACACAGCCUAAGGAACCAUUGGAGUUGGAUUGGAGUUGCAAUUUGUCUUGCCAUUGCAUGUUACUUGCUACAAGAACACAUCCGAAAGGCAGGCGGUUUCAGAGAUUCCUUCACUCAGCCCAAGGGUGUUUCGAACACAGUUGGCAUCCUUCUUUUGAUGGUUUAUCCAGUCUGGGCACUAGUACUUCAUAUCCUCUAGAGUUGGCCGCCCCGCCUUUUUUCAUAUUCAGCAGCAAUGAAUCUAUGAUUUUAUCUUAUGUUGUGUUUUGAGUGUGUAUUGUGUACUAGCCAAACGGCCCAAACCUGCAAAUGAGUGAUAAAUUUGAUUUGUCUCAAACUUGUACUGUAUCAUUUAUAUUCUGCUUAAUAGAAACAAUUUUCCAUUCCCAUUGCU